AUGAAGAUUUCUAUACUUUCGUCCAUUGUGGCCCUUGUCCUCAGCGCAGGUGCUGCUCCCUUGGAUCUAAGCACUGGCACGCUUUCGCUUCAGCUUAACAUUGACCUAAACCAGGCCGGCUUCGGAGCGAAUAAGUUCAAUGACUUAUUUCACUUUACUUCGACCCAUUUCAUCCACGCGGUACCUGAGCUAGUUGUCAACGGCACAACGCCUACUGGAGGUCUACCAGGUGCUUCAGGCUUGUUCAACUUCGGCAUCAACUCACAUGCCAACAUGAUAUGUUACAACAUCACGCUACACAACUUCAAAGGCGAGUUUAGUUCACCGGCGAGCUCAGCCACUCACAUUCACGAAGCAGCCUCGGGCGCUUCUGGUCCACCACGAAUUUCAUUUCCGAAUCCCAAACGGAUAAAUGACGACCCAGCCGUUCUGAACUCCGCGGGAUGCUUGACGGGACCAUUCGUUACGGGACUUGUCAUGGAAGGAAAGGAUACUGGAGAAGGAUUUCAUAUCAGUCAGAUCGAGCAGAAUCCGUCAGGGUUCUUUGCAGACACGCACUCGAGCCUUGCCCUUCCGGGUGCAGUCCGAGGGCAAAUUGCUUGA